CAUAACCAUAGCAGCGGGAAGUUAGUUUCCACCAUGGACGGCACGAGCAGAGUGUUUACUGCUAUACUACCGGCUGCAGGGCUCGAGUUUGCCGGUAACGGAAAGGAGCAGGGGCUGGAAGUACGGACAGUUAACCGGCCGAGUCCCAGUAACCGUGUGAGGGAGGUCCAGGUGACGGGGACAGCGGAGGUUUGUUGUCCGGCGGACCGAGUCUCUCUCCGGGUCAGCGUGAGCAACAGUAAGGAGUCAGUGAACGAGGUCACAAACAGCGUUUCCCGACGACUCGAGUACAUCGUGCAGACUGUCAGACAACAUGGCGUGAGCGACACAGACGCCACAGUGAGGAGGUUUCUUCACAGAGAAGCAGACCUGUUCCACAUGGAUGCAGAGGUGGUGGUGACUUUUUUGGAUUUUGAGAAGAUGGAGCAAGUUUGUAGUGUCCUGCUGGAGAAGCUGGACAAGAGUGUCUGUGUGGGAUCGCCACAGUUUUACCACAGUGAAGGCUGCCUGAGUCACCUGAGAAAGCAAGCUUGUGUAUCUGCAGUUGAAAAUGCUCAGCAGAAGGCCAACGAAGUCAGUCAGCUCCUGGGACAAAGUCUGGGACACCCCCUACUCAUCAGAGAGGAAGAGACGAGGGAGUGGAGGAACGAGGACGAGGACUAUGGGAGCAGAGAUCAGGGAGCUGCACCCUUUUCUCAUCUUCCUCAUGCACCCACAAUCACUGCCUCCUCGCGGGUGACUGUCUGCUUCAGCCUCAGAGAUAGGAAAAAACUCUAAAGACAUUUGCCAUUGGCUCAUGAAACCAAACCCCUGUUUGCCACAGUUUAAAACACUUUAUUGCACAAUUGCAGCUCAUCCAAAGCGUGGACAGUCAAGGUUAUUUUUAGACUUUCG